GGGGGUUACUCAAAUCGUCCCACCUCCCUCUCUCCCAGUCAAGACGCUCCAAAACUUGCGGAGCGCACCGCGGAAACUCUCCAAAGACUUUUGAGCUCCUGCGUUCGGGACCGAGAGAGGAGCCGGGAAACGUUCCAGAGACAGUACAGCCAACACGUGAAGGUGGAGGUGUCGGGAAUGACGAAGAGGCGGAAUGGUCCUCCAGCCGAGACGCACAUGUGAGCCCAGAGGCCACCGGUAACGGCUUUUUUUUUUGUUUUUUUGUUUUUUGUUUGUUUCUUUUAUUAAUUUCAAGGGAGACUGGGGAACGGACGAGAGCACGGAGGAGGAGAGAUCAGCUCGACGCCACACGAUGCUCUGUCCGCGCGGACUGCGCUGGCUCCUCCUGAGCGCCCUGCUGCGCACCGCGGCGCCCUGGGGCGCACGGCGACCGGAGCGACCGAGGCAGUGCGACGCGCCGGAGUCGCAAAGUGACAUGAACUCCUUCCUGUGGACGGUAAAGCGUGCACCUCCUCAUCCACCGUCUUACUUGUUUGGUACCAUCCACGUUCCCUACACACGAGUCUGGGACUUCAUCCCCGACAGCUCGAAGCAGGCUUUCCACAACAGCGCAAAUGUUUUCUUUGAGCUGGACCUGACCGACCCUCUCACCAUCUCCAAGCUGACUAGCUGCCAGCUGCUGCCCCACGGGGAGAACCUGCAGACCCUGCUACCUCGGGACUUGUACCGCCGCCUCAAACGCCACCUGGACUAUGUCAAACACAUGCUGCCUCACUGGAUGACCGCCGACCAGCGCGGCCGCGGCCUGUAUGCCGACUACCUCUUUAACGCCAUCGCGGGAAACUGGGAGAGGAAAAGGCCUGUGUGGGUGAUGCUGAUGGUCAACUCGCUGACAGAGUGGGACGUCCGGUCCAGGGGGACACCGGUGCUGGACCUGUUCUUGGCCCAAGAAGCUGAGAGGAUGAGGAAGACGACAGGGGCAGUGGAGCGGGUGGAGGAGCAGUGUCACCCCCUCAAUGGGCUCAACUUCUCUCAGGUGCUAUUUGCUUUGAACCAGACACUGCUGCAGCACGAGGGCGUUCGAGCAGGAAGCCUGCAGGGCUCCUACACCACUGAGGACCUCAUAACACACUACAACUGUGGUGACCUCAGCUCCAUCAUCUUCAACCAUGACACCUCACAGCUGCCUCACUUCAUCAACAGCUCCCUUCCAGCUCAUGACCGCAUGAUAGCCCAACAGAUUGACAGCUACUUCCGCCAGGAACUCAUCUACAAGCGCAACGAGCGAAUGGCUCGUCGCGUGGCUGCCCUGCUGCAGAGAAACCCCAACCAGACAUUCUUUUUUGCUUUUGGUGCAGGCCACUUCCUGGGGAACCACAGUGUGCUGGACAUCCUCCGGCAGCAGGGUUUCGAGAUCGUCCACAUGCCCUCUGAUCACCAGGAGCCCGUCGCAGGGAGUAAACUAGCUGAACAGCCCGCGGCAGGGUCCAGUGAGGAGAGCGCCGACACCAGCACCGCAUCUCCCACCAGCUGGCACACCAGCUCAUCAGAGAUGGAGCUGGACGACCUGGAGGACUUCCCCGGACUCGGGGACGAGGAGCUGCCUCACAUGCUGUUCCCCGACAGCCUGAGCCAGCUGGAGGACUUUGGGCGACACAAGCGACCUCGCAAAGGUCACCGCGGCCACGGGAGACCUCGCCUCUUCAGUGACCUGUGGGUUCGCAUCGGAGACGGCACAACCCCACCACCUAAUGUGAGGAUAGUUAACGGCUACGUGACCGUGGAGCCUCCUCUGACCCACCAAGAGCAGCGCAGACUGGUGGAGAUCCAGGCCACGGAGCGUCAGCCCGGUCCCCCGCCCCCCACCUCGCCCAGUCCCAGCUCAGCUCCGACAGCCUCAGUCCACGGCACGCUCACACUGUCUUGUCUUUUAGCCUGGAUGUUAUCGCACAUGCUGUUCACCUCCUGACCACAAGACAGCGUUAUCUCACAGGCAAACACUUAGACACUAUUGCGUCCAUACCAGAGCAGUGGAAUGUACCUGAUAAACAAGGAGUGACCAUCAGCACAUGCAGACAUGAAGAGAUGGAGGAAUAUUUUAGUCAGGACAUGAUAUCCUGAGGUGGGACAAUCCUGCUGUCAGCUCUCAGCCCGACGAGGGCUCAGCGCCAGCCUGCCGAAAAUGCCAAGUCUCAAAAUGUGUGGAAUUAGCUCUCAGCCGAGGGUGGAAUCUUCAAAAACCUCAUGAAAGUAUUACGAUAGGAUAACAAACACAUAGCACAAUGAAGACCCGUCAUUUUGAAGCAUUUGUGUGGUGGAGUCUUCUACCUAAUAAAAAUGUAAUACUGUAUAGAAAAAUAAGACUGACAUAAUAAUGAGAGUAGAACAUACUAAUAACAGCUAUAACUCUGUGACGAAUGAGUUGAAUGCAUACAGUCGAACAGUACUGUGUAGGAGGUGACGCACUCAGUUGCCACUUUUGUAAAUUGUGCAUUUUGUCCAUAAAGAAAUGUUGUAUAUUUAUUAUUUCUGGAAGAAAAGAGUAUAUUUUCUUGCUUUUUGAAGAAAAUGAAAAAAUAAAUAAAC